GCUGCUGAUGAGAGGCUGUGAACUGUCGGCGUACAUGUACGUGUGGGACAACUUCCGCCUGCUGGAGCUGCCCUGGGACUCUGCCUGGACCUGGUGGUUUACCUUCUUAGGAGUGGACUUCUGCUACUACUGGGUCCACCGCUUCGCUCACGAGGUGUCUUUCCUUUGGGCUGCUCACCAAGUUCACCACAGUUCAGAGUACUACAACCUGACCACGGCCCUCAGACAGUCCCUCGCCCAGCCUUUCACCUCGUGGGUUUUCUACCUUCCUAUAGCUCUGGUUGUUCCUCCAUCCAUCUUUGCCGUUCACAUACAGUUAAAUCUGCUCUAUCAGUUCUGGAUUCACACCGAGUUAAUCAGAGACCUUGGACCUCUGGAGUGGGUCUUCAACACUCCUAAACAUCACAGAGUCCAUCACGGGAGAAACAUUUACUGCCUCGACAAGAACUACGGAGGAAUUCUCAUCAUCUGGGACAGAUUAUUUGGUACCUUUGCUUCAGAGACAGAUAAAGUCGUAUAUGGCCUCGUGUUCCCCAUCAACACGUUUGAAAUCCUCUAUGUUCAGUUGCACUACUAUGUAGAUUUAUGGAAGAGAGCCGACACGUACAAAACUAUCGGUGACAAAUUGUCAACUUUCAUCAAAGGUCCUAGUUGGAAACCUGGGAAAGCUCGGCUUGGUGACUACGUCGACAAUCCUAAGGUAACCGGAAAGGAAGUGCCUCAUGAUCCCAGCUGGUCUCUGUCUUCACGAGUGUAUGUGGCCUUACAUUUCACCAUGGUGCUGUGGACUUACCACCAGCUGUUUGAAAGCAAACUGAUGCUGUCUCAGUUCACCAUGGUGGGCAUGGCCAGCUACAUCCUGCUCACGCUCACCUCCCUGGGCUUCAUCAUUGAGCAAAGACCAACAUCUGCGUUCCUGGAGAUGCUCCGCUGCGUCGUCAUGGUGACACUGCAGCGGUACGGCUACCUGAGCCCCCCCCUGCCUUCGCUGGCUGUCCUCACAGAGGCAGGCCGGUCAGCCUCACUGCACGGAGCCACACUGGAGGCCUGGGAUGGCUCUCAUCAAAUGUUCAAGCAUCUACCGGGACUCCACUGCUCCCUGCAGGAGAGGCACCUCACGCGUGUUAAAGUCAUGCCGUCUCCCUGCACGCAGCACACGUGA